UGAGGUCCCAUUUCCUGGAUCAAGCCGCCUAUGACUGGAGUAACACCGGGUGUCUUUGCUGUCCUGUCCGAAGGAAUUCUGUCAUCUUGCACCGUGAAUUUCCCACUUCCUUCGGGGCUCCCAGAGAGCACACUUCACGGGUUUGUGGAACCACCUGUGAAUAGAUCAGAAGGAACCGGUCUAGUAGAAGCAUCUGUGUCUGUGAGAGAAGAUUAGAGCAUCUGGAAGUUGCUUCUCUGCAGAUAUCCUGGAUUGUAACCCACGAGGUCACCCUUUGAGAGGAGGCUCCGAAAUUAACCAAAAUGUCUGUGAAAAUGACAGCGGCCCUGCUCCUGCUCCACCUGACCAUCUUCUUUGGCUCUGGGAGUGGUGGGAAAGUGCUGGUGUGGCCUGUGGAAUUCAGCCAUUGGCUCAACUUGAAGAUAAUCCUAAGUGAGCUGGUGAAGAAGGGUCAUGAAGUAGUUGUGCUGAAACCUUCAGUUUCCUUUUCUUACGAGGUCGACAAAACAUCUGCUAUUGAGUUUGAGUCGUUCCCUUCAUCGUAUUCCAUAGCUGAUGUGGAGGUGAUUUUUAUGGACUGCGUCAAUGAGAGCAUUUACGAGCUACCGAAGCAGUCAUUUUGGGGAUACUUUUUAAUGUUGCAAAAACUUUUUGAAAGGACUUCAGAUUAUUCUGAGCGUCUCUGUAGAGAUGCAGCUUUUAAUAAAGAACUCAUGACGAAGCUACAAAACUCUGGCUUUGAUGUCAUCCUGGCAGAUCCCUUCACACCCUGUGGUGACCUGCUGGCCGAGAUUCUCAAGAUACCCUUAGUGUACAGUCUCCGCUUCUUUCCUGGCUCCACUUAUGAAAAGUACAGUGGAGGACUCCCAAUGCCUCCUUCCUAUGUGCCCAUUGCUAUGUCAGAAUUAAGCGACAGAAUGACAUUCGUGGAGAGGGUGAAACAUAUGAUCUAUGUACUUUGUUUUGACUUUUGGUUCCAAGUGUUUGAUGAGAAGAAGUGGAACGAGCUUUACACUGAAGUAUUAGGAAGACCCACUACACUCUCAGAGACUAUGGCAAAGGCAGACAUAUGGCUCAUUAGGACCUACUGGGAUUUGGAAUUCCCUCACCCCGUCUUACCAAAUUUUGAUUUUGUUGGUGGACUCCACUGCAGACCUGCCAAACCCCUGCCUAAGGAAAUAGAAGACUUCGUCCAGUCAUCUGGAGAACAUGGUGUUGUGGUGUUUUCCCUCGGGUCGAUGGUGGGAAGCCUAACAGAAGAAAGGGCCAAUGUGAUUGCAGCAGGCCUUGCCCAGAUUCCACAGAAGGUUCUUUGGAGAUUUGAAGGCAAGAAGCCAGAAACCUUGGGCUCCAACACUCGUCUGUACAAAUGGAUCCCCCAGAAUGACCUUCUAGGUCAUCCCAAAACCAGAGCUUUUAUAACUCAUGGUGGCACCAAUGGCAUCUAUGAGGCAAUCUACCACGGGAUUCCUGUGGUUGGCAUUCCUUUGUUUGGAGACCAAAAGGACAAUAUUGUUCACUUGAAGACCAAAGGAGCAGCAGUUAGACUGGACUUUCUCACGAUGUCCAGUACAGACUUGCUCACUGCACUGAGGACAGUCACUAAUGACCCUUCCUAUAAGGAGAAUGCCAUGAGAUUAUCAAGAAUCCACCACGACCAGCCAGUGAAACCUCUGGAUAGAGCCGUCUUCUGGAUUGAGUUUGUCAUGCGCCACAAAGGAGCCAAGCACCUUCGUGUGGCAGGGCAUGACCUCAGCUGGGUCCAAUACCACUCUCUGGAUGUCAUUGGGUUCCUGCUGGCCUGUGUGGUGACUGUGAUGUUCAUCCUCAAAAAGUGUUGCCUCUUUUGUUGUCAGAAGUUUACAAAAGCUGGAAGAAAGAAGAAAAAGGAGUAGAUGAACUGAAGAAGACUGACACAAGGACCUCUCCAGUGCCACACAGUAAGGGGGGCAAUGAUGGUAGGGUCCUUCAGCCUGUGACAAGAUAAUUUUUCAAUAAUUAUCAAGUCAGAAAACUUUUUUCCCAGAUAAUUGAUAGUUCUUUUGGAAUUAGUAGGAUUUCAGCCAAAGAUAAAAUUGAAAGGGAAACAUAAGUAAAAUUAACAGCGUCAACAUGAAUACACAUAGAAAUUCAUUUCUGCAGCAUAAAAGUUAAAUCAAAGAAUGUUAUGGCUGAAGCAUUGGCUCUCUGAUCUAAUCAUUUGUCAGGCAAGACUUCCCUUUUGGUUUUGGAUGCCAGGAACUCAUAUAAAAGCCUUAUCCAGUAGCAUCUGGUACUGCAGUAUAAGAAAAUCAGGAGAUGUGAGAUGCAUUCAGGACAAGUGCCUGAAGCUCUCAGGCCAAGUAGCCUGGUUCUCAGCAAGAAAUAGCCUACCUCAUAGAAUGUGAAAGGGAAACAUAACACUGGAGGAGGUGGUCUUAUGUCCCAUAGGUGUGCCCUAGCAUAUGUGUGCCCCACUCACAAAUUAACAAGCACAAAUUAACAAGCAUGUAAAUAUACACAUAUAUACAGGCUUUAAAUUCACACAUACACACACACACCAAAUUUUUCUGGCGACUAACAGUUUGUAGAUACAAGGUCACUAAGAAGCACACUCGCAACUAUACGGUUUUACAAGCAUUGAACAAACCAUUUUUUGCAAACUUUAAAGGACAAAUCUCUAGAUUAAAGUGUUCAGAAUUGGAGUUGUGAAUCCCCUAACCUACAUUUGUCUUUCAUAGACCAAUACUGUUGCAGAGUCUCAUGUACAAUGUGCCUCUGAAUGACCUCUUCCUUAAAGGACCUACCAAGAUUGUACUUGGACCUGAAGGGAUGACUCCACAGUUACUAACUCUAGGUUCCUCUUCCAUAGAACCCUCCCCAUUCCUUUCCCCCCUCCAUAUGAUGAUGACUCUGGACCAGCAGUAUCUCAAGUGUCAUAGCCUCUUCCACCCUCUUCUGCCCUCUGUUUGGUGCUGCAUUCAUGUGGCACAGAGACAGUGUGAAAGAAGCUCACAUACACAUAAAGGAUUAAAGAAAAUUUUUGAUUCGUGAAAUGAGUUCUGUUUCCCUUCAACAUUAUAAAGAAUAAUGAGAUUCCUUUAGUCUUCUAGUUAGCCAUUGCAAAUAGAUGUAAGAUCUCAAUUUGUUUGAAUAAUACAGAAUAAAGACACAAAAUAAGUUGUUCUUGCCCAGUUGCAAGGUCUAUGAGUGUAGUGUGUGUCCCCUUCUGUAGAGCAAUAUAAUUUACCUAUGCUUUUUGUGUCUAUGUGGUGGAUUUAAUAUUUCUAUAGGAGAUGUGUUUACAUAAUAAUUAGGACUGGUAAGAUGGCUACACAUUUAAGAGCAAUUUCUCCACCAGAUUGAGGACUGAGAUAAAAUUUCCAUUAUGAUUGUAGAAGCCAAGCAUGCUUUUGAAUGACUACACCGGAAGCUGAGGGUGUGCAGGGUAAAGAUAGGCAGAGCAGUGGUUUAGGCUUCAGGUAGCCUAAGGAAGUCGCAAAGUUCAGGUUCAGUGGUAGGUCCUUUCUCAAGUGCGUAAGUUAGAGUAUGAGAGAGCAGGGAAGACACUGGACUCCCUCUGUCUUCUGCACACUCACACAUACACAACACUCUCAAAGUCACACUUAUACACUAAUGUAUGUGGACAAAAAAACACAGAAAAUGGGAGAGAUAAUGAUCAUAACUCAUAAUCUAAAAUUAUCUAUCAUAAAAUAAAAACUAUAAUUAUGUAAUAAUUAUAUCUAUAAUAUUAUUAUAUUAUAUCAAUAAUUUUAUAUUAUAUAUAAUAUAUAAUUAUAAAAACUAUCAUGAAAAGCAGGAUAGACAAACUGGUAAAGGCAUAUUCCCCCCAGCCCCUACUCACAUGAGAUAAAUCCCUGCAAUUACAUACAAUAAGGAGAUCAUGUAAUUCCAGGUUAACCUACUCUCCUGAUGAAUGCUAUAGUAAGUCCACAUACACACACACACACACACACACACACACACGCACACACCAUUUUUAAAGCUUUUAAAGAGACCCACUUUGGGUCUAGUUAUCCUUAAGUCUUCAUUAGCCAUUUCUCCUAGCCCAUAAUCAUUCCUGCAAAAAUACUCUUUACCUGGGAUUCCACACAUGCAACACAUUUGGCUUGGAUCCAGGUACACUACUUAGCCCAGCCCUGAUCCAUUAAGGAUUUUUCAGAGUAUUCUCAGAACUGAUCUGCCUACUUCCUAGCAGCUCUUAUUUAUGCCAUUUCUACCCUGUACAAACUCACUGCAAUUCUUGGCCAAAACCAGGAUAACCAAUAUUCCUUUCUCUGUUGCCCUCUAUAGGACUAGUCUCCCAAUCUUGAUUCAGAAGAAUUAAACAUCAGUUCCUUUCCCCUUCAGUAUGAAAGUCUAUCAUACACAUUAUGGAGUUGGCCUGGUAUAACUACCUUGAGAGGCAUGCUUCAUAGAUUUACAUGUUAGAGUCCAGGGCCCCAGGUUCACUGUCCCUUCCAGUUCCUAAAAACCUGAGGUACUCUCUCAGUAAGGAAUUCAGGCCUCCUUGUAUUUCUAUGUCUUUCUUAGAAGUCAAUAAAACAUAUGAACUUGACAGGACACAUUUGUCCUUGGACAUUCAUCUUAGGUACCCUGUAUAGUUUAGAAAUGUUAUUGUGUAAUGACAAUCACUAUUGUAGUUAACCUAGUAGUCAACAAUAUAUACUGUUUCUGAAAAAGGUAUAAAAUGUCUGAUUGCUCAAAUAAAUUUGUCUCAGCCAAA